UUAUGUGAAGCUAAAGCAUGGUCAGAUCAAUGUCUGAUUUUCUGUCUUAAAAUUAAAACAAAUCCUAUCUUCAAUUUGCCCGCCCAAACACUCCCCACUUCCCCCAAAUUCAAAAUUCACCUCAUCAAAUCAAUUUCCAUUUUUCUUUAAAAAGAAAAACCCAAUCUUUAAUUUUUACCCCUUUUUCCUUUUCAAUCUCCAGAUCUCCCCUUCAAAACAAAUCACCAUCAAAAUUGAAAAUCAAAUCAAUCAAAUAAAUAAUCUCUGUUUUUAAUGUUACAAAUGACAUCCUCUGAUUCAGCUCCUCUUCCUGUCUCUGCUCCCCCAGCUCCUAUGAAGGAGAAUAUCACUUCAGUCGGUCCAAAAACUGCAGAAUUGAAUGAAUCAAGGACUGAGCUGCUCAGUAGAAUUCAAGGCUUAAAACAGGAUCUGCAAAAUUGGAGAUCAAAGUUGAACACCCAAGUCAAAAUCUACCACGAUGAGCUGACAGAACUCAAGAAAACACUUAAUGUUGAAGUGGAGCAACUCCGUACAGAAUUUCAAGAACUGAGGAACACUCUCCAUCAGCAACAUGAAGAUGUUACUGCUAGCUUAAGAAAUUUGGGGGUAAGUUUCCUAAAGACUUUUUGCAUUCCAUAUGCUACUUGUUUUCCUAGCAUCAAUCUAUGCUUUCGGAAACUAGUACGUGCUCCAUCGUUGAAUCAUUUAGAACUUUUGCAGUUGCAGGAUGUGUCACAAGGUGCCAAAGAUGCUGAAGAUCCGAAGGUUGAAGCUAAGGAUGAGGAAGUGCAUACUUCACCCACAAAGGAAAAUGGCAAGGGAGUAGAGAACUAAUCGAGUUGAUAUUUGGAUUGUGCAUACUUGUACUUCUUGCUCCUCCUGGAGCUUGUUAUGAACUAUUAUCAUGUUUCUUAGGUUGAAAUUCGAAGUCUACCUUGUUGUCUAUCAAAAGAAAGAGCUUUCAUCUGAAUCAAUUGAUAUGGUAUUGGCAUUUAAUUAUUCCUUUUUUAAAGCAUGCUUCCGUGUGGUCACCAUGAAGCCAAAACAGUAUCUUUUGCCUUCCAGCCUGGACUCAGGAUAGUGGAAAAUCAUAUUGCACUUGUGUGAUUGUUUUUUGCCAGGAUAUGUCUUGUCCAUGGUGUGGAAGAG